AUGCCUACAGACAUUGCAAAAGGAUCGUCUAAGUUUUCUCAAUAUAAAAAUCAUUAUUCUUCACUUUCUUCUCUGUUUCAUUCCCACGAUAAUACAUCUCCAUUAACUCCUUCUGACCAUUCCUUAUUGCAGCUUCUAGAUAAACUCGAUAAAAAAGAUUCAAAAACCAGACUAAAAAGUGCAAAAUCAAUAACAUUACUUCUUAAGAAACAAAAAUUAACGGAUUAUAGAGUUGAAAAGUUUGUGUUUGUGUUUGGCAAAUUAGCAUUAGUAGAUCCAGAUCCAUUAGUUCGGAUUGCCCUGGCUGAGACCUUGGAACAGUAUUUUGUUUGCGCAAAAAAAUCAUUCCAACCACUUUUAAAACCCUAUUACUACCUAAUUAAAUCGUGUACCUAUGAUGACAUAGAAAAGGUUGCCAAUUCAUACAUCAAGGCAAUAUCUGCACUGGGCAAUGAUAAAGUUUUGAGCAACAUCUACAAUUAUGUGAAGGAUGAUUUACCAACUCAUAUAAAAAUUUUUCUUGGUAAACCAUAUGCAGAUUGUAUAAAGAAGUGGAAGAAGGCAUUUGAUAUACCACAUGACCAGUUGGAAAAAUGCUAUUCCAGAUUAAUAACAGCAACGCUCAAAUUUAUUGCACUAGAUACACUUUUAAAUGACUAUCAAACCCUUUGGGCUGAAAUUCGUGAUUUGGUUUGGGAUUUUCUGGGAUUUUCACUCUUUCAAAACACGAAUCCAUACAACAUUAGAAUAGCAGCGUCAAUGCUAAUUGACAAAGCAAUAAAAGCGAAUAUUGACAUAUUACCAACAAAUAUCAAACUGUUUUCUAAGUCAUUACAUAUAUUUUAUAAUACAGAAAACGAAGUUAUAGCCGAAUAUUCCGUUAAAUUGUUCGGCAGUUUAAUUGGCAUUAAGCAAAUUAACGAUCAACUGGAUAUUAAAAAAACGAUAAAACGCAUAUUGAUAGACAGUGCUGCAAACGCCACUUCAGAUGGUAGAUUUAGGAAUAAAAAAUUUUGUGUGAAUCUUUCCGAAAUAAUUAUCACUGAUGGCGAUUAUUUCCGAGAAUUGGUGCCACAAUACAUCGCUCAAAUGCAGGAUCCAGAGUCUAUAACGCAACUAAUUGGUCAUUUUGGCGCCAUCGAAGAGAUUGUUACAUUGCUGAUUUAUAAAGUUUCAACCAUCAUAAGAUCAGAAAGUACGUCAUAUUCGACUCUACUAGAUGUUCUAACCAACAUAAUUAGUAAUUUUGAUGUACAAAAUAUGGAACCACCUUAUAUACCUUCCGAACAGGAUUACCCAAAAGUUAUAUCAUUCAUCCCAUCCAUCUUGAAGUUAAAAAUCAAAUUCAAUCAGGAUAUUGAUAAAUUAAUACACUUUAUCAUGUUGGAAAUGAUACCACAAUUGGUGUCAGGUAGAGGCAAAUUCGCUAAUGCACUAAUUAGCAAAUUGAAUUGUGCCAUGGAAGUUUUUGAAAAAUGUAAAAAUCACGCUGAUAAAUUUAAAUUUGAUGAAAUUAAUUCUGUGGAAUUUUAUCCCUUGUCUAUAAAUACUCUUACAACAACUAGUGGAUUGGAAAAUCGCAUAGCAGUGGAUAUUAACCUAGCAAGCACUUAUUUUAAACAUCUACAAAACAUUGGUAUAGAUAUAAAUAUCAAAACUAGUGAAUCAUCCUUAUCUUGUGAAGUUAAAGAUUUUUGGAUUGCUUGUUUAAUGUUUUUUAUAGGACUUGUUAACCAAUCAUCAAUAUUAGAAAUGAUCCCCCGAUUAUCCAUAGAUGCAAUCCCAUUCAUAAAGGCAUUAAUUUCCCAUCAAAAUUUCAAUGAUAAUGAUAAUGAUAUGAUCGACUUGUUUGAUAUGUGCUACAAAAUGGGUAAUUACGAAUUAGCAUCGAUCCUAUCCAAGGAUGCAAUGACUCAUUUACUUUGUCUAAAGGCAGGCUAUCCAACAGAUUCCCCCCUUUUGUCUUAUGUAUCCCGGGAAAUUAUCGAGUCACUAAUAUUUAAUAUAAUACACGCAUCUGUAUACAAUGCGCCGAUUGACAUUAUCUGCGAACAAUUACCAGAACUAUACAUUGAAUCACUGCAUAAGGUUGUAUUAGUGGAGGGGGUUGAUAACCUUUCGUACGAAGAAUUGCUUAAAAUUCCCCAACUGGUUAAGAUAAUCCCGGUCAAUUUACCCAAUGAUAUCCAGCUUGAUAUGGUCAAACAGCUCGCCACAUUAGCUAUUUUAAUCGAUCCUAAUCUGGAGAAUCUAAAACCGGAUAUAAGUUCAGUAACUGACAUACUUAUGAAAAUUGAUCUAGGAACAGAUUUGUUUGAAACAUCUGAGAGGUUUGAGAAGUUUAUAUCUAAGUAUACCGGGUUUCCAACGAUGUCGGAAUAUGUUAAUAUGAAGUUAGUUGCUUACAAUCCGAAUUUAUCCAAAUUAUUUGAAAGAACACUAUCCAAAGACGAAAUAUGCGAUGAAUUAUCUGAAAAUCCACUCCCCUUAAAUUUAAAAUGGUUAGUACCCUUGACAAUAUUGGAUAAAGUGGGCACUAUCUCCAACUCACCUUUCCGAUUUAGAUAUUGCUUAAACAAAUUCUCGAAUGCCUUAAGCGAAGUGGAUGCCAAUUCUACAUACUUCAUGUUGAGAUUUUGUAGAAAAUUCAUCGAACAACUUGAUAAACCCGACAAUGGCAAUGAGUGUGAUUUGGAUAAAUUGAAGAUGACAUUCUCUGAUUACAUUAGUGAAUUAUCGCAAAUAAUCUCCAUAGUUACUCCAGAAGAAUUCGAAUACGAUAAAAGAUGUUUUAUCCUAUCUCUAUUCUACUCUGUUCAAUCCAUAUGUACUGUAAAAUUUGUCGGCGAAUUGAAUGAAUAUUUGGAAACGAUCUUAUAUUCGCUCCAUCCCGUAUAUCUGGACAUUUUAUUAGGCUCUAAAAGCCUAUCUGUUACAACGCUUGGUUUACAAAUGUUUGGUAAGUUGAUCAAAUCAUAUGGCAAAGUUUUCCUGUUAAAACCACAAAACUUUGAUUCCGAAUUGGAUUUUAUCUCUACACAGCCCAUUAGUGACGAUGGUGGCAAUAUCUUUGUAUUUAAAACUCCAUCAGAGUAUCAGUAUGAAUUAGAAUCCAGAUAUCCUAAUCUGCUAAAGAUUCUACUUGGUUAUGUAGAAUCAACACCACACGUAUAUGUAUCCUCAUGGAAAAUUUUAAUUGAAUCGGAGACCACAGCACCCUUCCCCAACUAUGAUCAAUUGGAUGUGUUUAUUGGUGAAAUAAUGGAUAUGUACAUUAGUGGAUCAUAUGAUGUUUCUAAAAUGAAUGCCCCAAUCUUUAGGAGAUUUCCCCAAUAUGUAAUAGAUCGGAUGGAUAACCAUGAUAUUAGAUAUUUCUUUGCGAAUAUUUCGCCAGAAUUGAUAAAAACUGAAGUUGAGUUGAUGAACAAAUGGAAAAUUACUGCAUCAUACAAAGGUUUGACAAUCGCAGGAACAUUUAAGGUUGAGAAUAUGCAAGUUAUCAACUUCAAAAUACAUUUUACAGAAGGCUACCCAUUUGAAGAAGCAAUUUUUAAUAUAGACAAGAAUGAAAUGAAGGGGAUAUCUAAGAAACAGACAUUAUCUUGGUUAGAAAGUUCGAAACAUUUGUUAAGUCUGGGUAAAAUUGCCUUGGCAGUUAAGAAUAUUAAGGAAAAUAUCAUCCAAUUUUAUAAAGGAGUUAGUGAGUGCAAUAUAUGUCUAGCGGCUUUCCACACAGAGUCUAAGACUUUGGCCAAUAAAAAGUGUCACGUUUGUAAGAAUACAUUUCAUUCAUUUUGUCUAAUACGUUGGUUUAGGGCAUCACACAAACCCAAAUGUCCAAUUUGUCAAUCUCACACCGCUAUCGCAUUCCCUAGGCGCUCUAGUUCUAAUGAAAAUUCUUAA